AUGUGGGAAGAGGGAAUAGAGUUUGGUUUCCUGAAAAUUUACAUUAAAUGUAAAUCAGGUGAGUCAAGUGGGAAGGAGGUGGGUGACGACGACGGAGGAUGCGAUGUUGAUGUUAAUGAGGAUGAGUUGGAAUCUGAUGAUGGAAGGGAUCAUUAUGAAGCACCAGUUAAUAUAGUCAUUAAGGAUGCACAUAAUGCACGAGACAAUAGUGAUGAGGACAGUGAAGAUGAGGAGGAUUUCGAUAUUCCUACAGUUGGUGGGGAUGAGCCUAACAGAGAUUACAAUUGGGUUGAGGAAUGUGAGACCGAUAAUGAGGAGUUUGUGAUUGCAUGGAAAAACAAGAGUGUCUUUAAAUCAACCAUUGUUGACAAUGGUGAAAGGCUAGGGGUAGAUCCUCAAUUUGGAAAUGAUGAUGGACACCUUAGUGAAUACACGGACUCUGAUGAUGAAGGUUUUGACACUCCAUGUAACAGUUAG